AUGCCUUUGCCGUAUUUAAUUGGCAUACCAUUUGGUUGGCUGUUGCUUGGCACAUUUCAAUACUUUGUGUGUAUCGUCAUUUUGGGUGACAGUUUCUUAGACCCAUGGUAUUUCACGUGUGCUUGGAUAGUGGAAUUAAUUUCUACUCUCCCCGUUAUUAUGAUUAUCACGAUCAUCAAAUGUUUGUACGUCCAAGUGAUAUUUAGAUCGUUUUCACGACAUUUCCAUUACGCUAAUAGCUGGAAAAAGCAUGAAACUAUAGAAGCACAUUUCGAAACAACUGACCGGCAGGCAGCAAUAAAUAAUGAUAAUAAUAUUGAACUACAAGAACUUAAUUACCAUCCAAUAUUUCGAACUAAAUAA